AAAGAAAACUCAGGUUCACUGGUACCAGCAACGUACACAUGUGGACAUGCAGAGGUACCGGUGGCCAGGUUAUGAGAUGCAGCUUCUCAGAGAGCUGCAGAGACAACAAAACAACGCCCAGUUCUGUGAUACCCUGUUGCAAACUGAAGGUAUCUCAGUCCCAACCCACAGUUGCAUCCUCGCAGCUCUCAGUCCCUACCUGUCUCAGAAGCUGUCAGCCUCACCGCCUCCUCCAUCGGGCCAGAAGCGCCAGCUCCAGCUCCAGGCUGUCAAGGCCCAGACCCUGCUGAAGCUGGUUGGUCUUCUGUACUCCGGGGAGGUGGAGGUGAAGGGAAGCAUAGAACAGAAUGACGUGCUGUCUGCAGCCCGCCAGUUUGGGAUAACAGCCCUUGUUGAAAGACAGAGCUUCUCCAUUUCCCUUAAUGAUGACUCAAACUCCUUGACACCUCAGGAAGACAGCUCCCACCAGCAGUCAUCUGAGUUUGGGGACAGGGUUGGGACAGGAUUGGACGAUAAAAAAACAAAUGCCAAGACGGCUGAAACAAGGGAAGAUACCGAGCAGCCAAGCCCCGCCAACAGAGAUGAGAUACCAGGAGAGGAACAAGGAAACUCUACAGAGAAGCAUGCGUGCGCAAAUAUAGGGACGAAGAGUCUGGCUAAGAUGAAACAGAUGCAAAAGAUGAUGAUGAAAGAGACGACACAGAUUUCUAUCAAGGUGAAGCUGAGGAGGAGGACCAAAGGAGAAGUGUGGGAGGUUGUGAGCAUGCAAGACGCAGAUGACACACUGUCAGUUCUUACCUCCCUGAAACAGACGGACCGUACAAACGGUGAGCCCUCCUCUGUCCAGCCAGGCCAACUUCAUAAACCAGAGACCCUGAUUCUUCAAUCUGCCACCGCCAACUCCCCCGAACAACCACCUCACCCCAACAAUGCCCCUGACUCCCAGCUUCUCUGUAGUGACUGCCUCACCCCAAACCAUAACGAUGACCUUGAGUCAGUCCCACUCCCCCAGCCUCAGGCUCUUGUGGAGGAGUCUGAAGAGCAGAUAGAGAAGCUGCUGGAGGACAUCAUGAUGGGCCUGAACAUCCUGCCAAACUUGAAGAGGGACUGCAAGAAGUCUCAUCACCUUCAACGAGGCCACGACGGCACACCGGCCAUGUGCCAGGUCCCGGUUACAGAGGAUGAGCGGGCGCAUAGUCAAAUGCCUGCUCCCGUCGGUGCAGCAGGGUGUGUGUAUAACCAGGAUUUUGGGACACAGAUUGGUCACUCUUCAGCAGGUAUCCAUUGUUGUUUUACAGCUCAGAACCAGCCCAGCUGCUCAAGCCUUUCGCCCGCGCCUGUGCUCAUCCAGCAGCACCAGCAGCGCUCUCCUCAGUAUCACUCAUCCGUCACGUCCAUAUGGCAAAGAGAUGGAACGAACCACCAGAGCACGCCAAUAUCCAAAAGUCUCAAUUGUAUAUAUCCUGAAGCACCCACAAUAAGAUCAGUCAUACCCCCAUCGUUAUACUCCAGUGGGCAGAAACCACAUUAUCUAGCACAUGAGGAACUGUCUUCACAAGAUGAUGAGAACAUCCUAGAGUUUUUACCCAUGACGAAUGGAAAUGAGGCGGAGUCCUUGCGUUAUUUUUCUUUACCUUGCGUGGAUGAUAUGCGGCUUCCUCGAUGUCUCUCUCCAUUAGAGCCAUUUGCCUCAGCAGCAAAACGUCAGCCUAUCCUCAACAACUCGACCAACCAUGACGAAAAAAUUCAUCCCCAGCCAUCUCAAAAUGGGCGAUCCUGGCUCACAGAAAACCCUGGAUCACUACAAUUUCCUCUCAGUGCCAUCACUCACAGAGAAAAUAAAAGUGUAUAUUUACCACAGGAUACAAACCACAGCUGUUGGUCAAGGCGAUGGCAGAAACAUCCAGAGAAUCCACAAAAUAGGGGAACCUGGGCAGAAUCAGUGUCAGAAGUGAAAUCUGACCAAAGGAAGAUAAAGGAAUGUUUAAAAUGUAAACAAAGUGACACUAAAGGUGAUGCUGCGGUGCCCAAAAGGAGGAAGAGAAAGCCCACAAGUCAUCCACAAAAUGCUGCCAGUUCUCUUCUGGCAUACAACGAUGUGAAAGUCAGUGAUGGAACACUAAAAAAACUAAAAAGAUUCAGUCAAAUUAACCUGAGUGUUUGUUCAGUGAGUUUGUCAAGCAACAAUGUGCUGGCAAAGGAAAGGGAAAUGGCCCCCAGUGCUUUAAACAUACCAAACAAAUUCUUAGGCAAACCAGAUGAACCGUCAGCCAUCACAGAAAGUUCAAGGGAGAAAACCAGAGGGGCUGGGGAUCUCAGUAUCGACCAGACUCGGAUCAGGACCAGGAGCUUCUUGAAAAAAACUCAGACUCAAACUCAAGAGACCCCAAGUGACACAAGCCUAGAAAAUUAUUUGGUUUUAAAACCCGUGGCCUGUAGAGCUAAGAUCUUGAAUGAACAAGGAGUCUCACCCGUCAGGCGGAAACGUGGAAGGCCGCGAAAAGCGAAGCUUGAAGAGAACCUUCCUGCCAUCAACGGUAAUAACAGCCACGGUGCGGAAAGUGAGCAGCAAAUUGACAACAAUUUGCCAAAGGAGGAGGAGGAUGGUGAUAAAACAAAGAAGAGGCAUAAAAGGCGGAGGAGGAAUAGAAGUGAAGGGGAGGUAAUUGCAGUUAAGAAGGCCAAAAGCGCUGAGACCGCUGGCAAGGCUGAGGCAGACGAUAACGAUGACAGAAAACUUGACGCACCCAAACGGCCGCGGAUGGUCACUCUGAAGGAGUUUCAAAAGCUCAUCAAGCGCCAACACUCAAAAACAAGAAAGUCAAAGGAGAGCAAGGACAAGGAAACAAACGAAACUGCAAGAGAUGUAGGCGGUGAAGCGAGGCCAUGUGGCAGCAGAUGUGAAAAAUUAUUUAAGGGGACAGAAUUGGACGUAGACAUCAGUCAGCGUCAGAACGGGGACGGGAUUGAAGAGCCUUGCGUCAAUGUCACAGUUGAUAAAAAUCACAAUCAAAUUUUCAACAAAUCAACAGCUGAGUAUAGCAAAUCACGACGACAUGACACAAACAGCUCUACCAGUGAGGAGACCAGUUUGUUGAGUGAGGAGUACCAUCCAGUGUUUUCCUUUGAUGUCUUGGGAGAAGAGGUGGCCAAGUUAGCUGCUGACAGGGAGCAAACACAGAGGAGUUCUGAUGAAGCACUAAAAGCCAGUGAUGCAGGAGGGUCAGAUACAACGCAACAGACUACCAUCAAUGAUGAAGGCUCAUCUCACAGUGACACCCACACAGCGCCUCAAGAAGACAAAAUGCCUUUGGAUAGCACCUUGAAUCCCCAGACCCCAGAGAGAACUGAUCCUUUGUCAGGUGCUGUUGGGUCAGGCUGCAAUCAAGAAGAAGAGGAGGAGGAAGUGGAGGUGGAUGUUCUGCUUUACUCCCCAGACAAAGUGGCUCAGUCCAGAGAGUGUGAGAACAGACUGGACAACAUGAACAUCAGUCCAGAGGAAGAAGAGGAGGAAGAUGUGAACGAGAUCGAUGUGACCGGAGAUGAGGCAGAGUGACCUUUGUACGUGUGCAUAGUUUUUACUGUGUUGUGUGACUAGUUCAGCGGCACUUUGAUGUGCCAAGCCCAGUUUUCUCUCUAUUCUGGUAUUAUGUAUGUUCACACAGUGCCAGAUGAAGUCCAUUUUGCUGUCAAACUAUGUAUAAUAGAUUUUUAUGUCCUUUUUCUGUUUUCACCAUCAGUCUGUGUCCGUCGAUCACAAGCUUUGUACAUGCAAGAAUCACAGGCUGCGUGCUGGUUUUGAGCUUCAUUUAGUUCCAUAUGCAAGGUUUAAAAUGGAUGUUUAAUUCCCAUGAAUAAUAUGCUCAAGCAUUGAUACAACAGACAAAAAGUUCUUAGUGUUGUUUACAUUAACAAUUUAUAUUUAUCAAUAUCUCUGAAAUUUGAAUCUUCAGACUGAUUAAGGUAAAAGCACUUCAGUGGUAUUGUGUCUCUAAGUAACUAUUGUAAAAAAAAACAGAAACCUUAUUUUGAGCCAGUAUUUGUAAAGCAACGUGUGUUUAAUGUAAAUUACAUAAUUAACAGUUAUUGUUUA